GCGCGAGCAAAAAGAAAUAAUCAAACUGUCGUGGCUGGCGAGAACGAAAUGAUCAGUCAGUCUGUUGACAAUGCUUUCCUCGCAAACUGUGAACGACCAUUACAAACAGAUCAGUGAGCAAUAUGACACAUUUCCCUUGGUAUCAGGCAUCCAAUCCCAUAUCAACCGACUGGAAACCAUCGAGGAGCUCCUACAAUUGGACCCAAACACAGACUUGGUCGUGGAUUUAGGUGCUGGCACGUCGGAAAUGGGGAAACUUUGGAAGACGAAAUAUCCCCAUGCACGUCCGUUCUUAUGUGUGGACCCCUCACCCAUGCUCCCUCUGAACGAACCUCUCAUCGAACCCAUUCAAGCUAGCAGCGCGGAUUUCGCGGUACGAAACGACAUUCAUUUCGAUGCCAUGAUCCUCGUGCAGUCCGUCCACAACAUUGCAGCUGCUUGUCCCGAUCUCCAAGAGCUGUUCACCAAAUUCAGGACGCAAUUGCGAGCAAGAGGGCGACUUUGUGUGGCCAUUCGUCCAUUGGACUCGAGCAAUUUGCCUCUAUUCAGAGCCGCUCAUGAAACCUUCGCCAAGGACAGCCUUCCGGUUGAAUUGAUUCAAAAGACGCUCAUCGAGGCUGGUUUUCGGAGAGUUGAGAUUAAGAGCCGAGCCAUGCCUCACGACUUGCCCAAGAGCCUUUGGUACAAAGCCAUUCGAGGACGCUUCUUUUCGAAUUUGAGUGCGCACUCGGACGAGGAAAUCGAGGCCGGGAUUCAUGAAUUGGAGCAAGGCAUUAAUAAGGGCAGGGACAACGUGGUUUUUGAAGAUAUAUUUCACUAUGUUUGUGCUUGGAAAUGAUGCUGUCCAACCCACAUACUACAACACCCCAAAAAAUGUGAUGGUGUUUUACAACUGCA